AUGGAGGCGACGCUGCAGCACACGGCUGCUACCAUCACAGAGCGUUCAAAGAGGCUCAUCAACAAUGACCUCAAGAAAAUCCUGAAAGAGGAGGGCAAAGCCCAGACGGGCAACAAGGCUGCCCUCCAGGCUCGCGUCAUUGAUUUAAUCACCGAUGCCGUCUCUAGAAGAGACCAUGAGCAAUUGCGCCGCCUACACCAUCGCGUGCAGCAUCACGGUGAAGCGCCGCCCCCAACAGCAACCAGCCCGGCUGCUCCUACAUAUUCGCAACCGCCCCCGCCCCUUGCGAACAGCUACGCCAUGUCCAACGGAUACCAGUCCAACGGCGCGCGCCAACCGCACCAGCACCACCAGCCAGCAUUGCCCUCUCGUCCCACGUACUUUUUCAAAGACAGCCCCUUCUUCGAGAUACGCGAGCUUGUGCUCACAAACAUGUCGCUAGAAGCUAACUAUAUGCGAGCUUCUCCAACUCACAGAGCCACGCUCUCAAAGAGCCUUACCCUGAAUGAGGCUCAGACAGGGCGCUUAAAUUCCGACCCAUCCCUGCGACUGCUGCUCUUCUCUGCGCUUGAGCAGCCGCUGGCUCCUUACUCGCGUCUCGACAUUGCAUUUCCUUCUCAGAUCGAGGUCAAGGUCAAUGAUGCAGAGGUCAAGGCAAACUAUAAGGGCCUCAAAAAUAAGCCAGGCUCGACGCGUCCGGCUGAUAUUACCGACUUUGUCCGCACAAAAGUCGCCAAUCAGCGCAACAGCCUCCUCAUCACUUAUGCCCUGACCCAGAAGGCAAGUCAACCAGAGAAAUAUAACCUAUUUGUUUACUUGGUGCGGAAAUUCUCAGUCGAAGAAUUGACCCAGCGUAUCAAGCGCCGCAAUGUCAUUACCAGGGGAUCCGUGUUAGAGGAGAUGAUGAAGAAGGCCAAUGACCCAGAUAUCGAAGUGGGAUCGAGCGUCAUGUCACUCAAAGAUCCAAUUUCCACUCUGCGAAUCGUCACUCCCUGCAGAUCUACAGUCUGCACACACAACCAAUGCUUCGAUGCCGACUCUUUUCUACAGCUCCAGGAGCAAGCGCCCACAUGGACCUGCCCAAUAUGCAACAAGACCAUAUCAUUCGAGGCACUUGCUGUUGAUGAAUACGUUCAGGACAUUUUGAGCAAAGCCCGCAACACGGACCAGGUCACUAUCCAGCCAAAUGGCGAGUGGUCGACCGAGAAGGACCUAAAACCCAAGCACAACAACCAUGACGACGACAGUGACGAUGACCUCGUUGAGAUCACUGACUACCGCGUCCAGGCUAUCAAGAGUGAAGCCGCACCAACCCCUACCUCGCUCAGUACGCCUCCGUUGCCCUCUCGAGAGCCAUCCAUUGCCCCUCGCUCCACCCAAAAGAGGACCUCUGAGGUUGUCGACCUGACAUUGAGCGAUGAUGAAGAUUCACAGAGGCCAACUAAAAAGGUAGCGUAUACUACUACCCCCAACAGCAUUCCAGAUGCAUCGCGUCGGUACCAAUUGCCUCCUUUGCCAACUACAAGGCGCCCGCCACCACCGCCGGUCUACCACUCGAGUCCUACCAAUGUACGCCCGGAAUAUUCCCGCCCUCCAUCUACACCCCCAUCGCGCCACGCUUAUCAUUCCUAUCGACCCGCGCAGCCCGCACGGCCUAGCUAUCCUGGACAGGGUACUUCCACCUACCCCACGCACAUUGGCUCUUCCUCGCCUUGA